GCGGCUCGAACCUCUUUGUAGAAAUCAAAAUACAAACUUUUUUUCAAAGGAGUAGGAGAUAAGCAUAACAAAAGUUUAAUCAUACCACAUGUUCAAUAUAUACGUAUAUAUGUCACAUAUGUUUAUUAUACGAAAAUGUCAAGAUUAAUGUCUGUUACUCACAGAUGUUUUAUGCUGGACAUAUCUAUAUCUUGAACUCUAAUGUUGCGCAAUAGAAUAUGACAAAGGUUAAGUAUGUUUCUGUGUACGGUCUUUCGUGAAAAGUAAUCCGAGAGACAGUGAUUUUCCGAGCUCGAAAGAGACAUGCCUGAGAACGUGAAGAAAACCGGGCCCUUGAUAGGCGCUAUCGACGAGGGCACGAGUAGCGCUAGAUUUUUGGUAUUUGACGUGUUACGCAGGAAGGUAGUUGCUUUGCAUCAGAUCGAGAUCAAGCAGAAAUAUCCGCAAGAAGGAUGGGUGGAGCAGGACCCGAAGGAAAUAUUACAGGCUGUCGUGGCGUGUAUAGAAGAGACGGUGAAAAAGAUGAAGAAUCUCGGCCUGUCAGUCUCGGAUAUCAGAGCUAUUGGGAUUACUAAUCAGAGGGAGACAACAUUGGUGUGGGAUAAAGAGACUGGCGAACCUUUGCACAAUGCAAUUGUGUGGCACGACAUGAGGACAACUACAACUCUAGAAAACGUGUUGGAUAGCAUCCCUAACAAAACGAGAAAUAAGAAUUACUUGAAACCUCUAUGCGGCUUACCCAUGUCCCCCUAUUUUAGUGCUCUCAAAAUACGCUGGUUGAUAGACAACAUUCCACGUGUGAAGCAAGCCGUAGACGCUCAGAAGUGUGCUUUUGGAACAGUCGAUACAUGGCUUAUUUGGAAUCUCACGAAGGGCCAACUGCACGUUACGGAUGUGUCAAAUGCGUCACGCACGAUGCUGAUGAAUAUCGAUACACUAAAGUGGGAUCCCUUGUUAUGCCGCUUCUUUGGCAUUCCACAGCACAUCCUUCCCGAAAUACGAUCCAGUGCAGAGAUUUACGGCUCCGUUUCAAAUCCUGAAGUUCUCUCAGGCAUACCUAUAGCAGGUUGUGUAGGCGAUCAGCAAGGAGCUCUCCUUGGCCAGUUAUGCUUGAAACCUGGUCAAGCAAAAGCUACGUACGGCACAGGAUGCUUUUUGCUUUACAAUACAGGAAAUACAAAAGUUGACUCGACGCAAGGAUUAAUAACUACGGUCGCUUACAAGUUUGCUCAAUCCCCACCUGUUUACGCGUUAGAGGGAUCCGUCGCUGUUGCUGGAGCCGCUUUAUCCUGGCUGCGAGAUAAUAUGCAACUUAUGAGUAAUAUCACGCAAACGCAGGAUAUGGCAGAGCGUGUGAGGUGUUCCGGCGACGUGUAUUUCGUACCGGCCUUUUCGGGGCUGUACGCACCUUACUGGCAACAAGAUGCGCGCGGAGUGAUCUGUGGUAUUACCGAGGACACCCAGCAAUAUCAUAUCAUACGGGCAGCAUUAGAGGCAGUUUGCUUCCAAACGAGAGACAUAUUAGAAGCGAUGGUAAAAGAUUCAGGCACGAAACUGACAACUCUGCAGGUUGAUGGCGGCAUGACUGUGAACGACUUGUUGAUGCAAUUACAGGCGGACUUAACCGGAAUAUCUGUUGUGAGACCAAACAUGGUUGAAACGACGGCAUUGGGUGCCGCUAUUCUGGCUGGUAUUGGCGCAGGUUUAAUUGAUAUAAGUGAAGUGGAUGCAUCUCAAGUGACUAAAUUUUCACCCGAGAUUAACGAAGAUGAGAAAGAUCUUCGAUAUUCCAAGUGGAAAAUGGCCGUUGAGAGAUCUAUGAAGUGGGACUGUUCAACAACUCUAAUAAAUAAUUAAGAUCGUACGCGCGUGUAUAUUUUUAUAUCGAACUUGAAAUGGGUAUCUAUGGGAGAGAAUAUAAAAGUUAGUAACAUCUGUGAUAUA